CUCGUAACCAUGGGAACGCUAGUCCAAGAUGGCGUCCAAUACAAACUAGCAGCGGGUUUCUCAUUCCCGCAGUAGAAAUGGAGAUGUUAGAAUAUUGUAAGACCUAUAACAUCAUGAAAAGUGGAUUCUCUAAUCAUGGAAGUAAUGUUUUCCAUCCUCAGAGCCGCUCUCUGGCUAGUCUGUCCCAACAGAGUGAGAAUUGUUGUGGUGGCGAUGGCGAAGGGUUGUCUAUGGAAUCACUGUCACUGCCAACCAAACCAGGGGAACUGGCUUUGUACAGGUCUGUUAGAAGACAACCAGAAGAUUUGGAAUCAGAGGACAACAAAUUAAAUCCUUUGAAAGAAAUUUCGAGAAGUAAAACUAUGGUUUCUACGAUGAAGCCGCAGCCACGCGUUAGUUUUGAAUCGGAGUUGACUUUUGCACCUAAGUUGAACGCCCAAAGCAUCAAGUUAGCAAGAGAGAGAGGAGAUAGACUUCAACAAGCUUUACACAGAAGGGCUGCCGCCCUGCACGCUGAGACCGAAUCAAACUUUACUUUCAAGCCGAAAGUGAGCUCCAAUAGUGUCAAGAUUGUACAAAAUAUGAAGAUGACUUUCUUAGAUCGUCAACAAUUGCAUGUCGAGAAACAACGAAAGCAUACAGAAAACCUGAUGGUUGCAUAUCAAGCAAAAACAAGACUCACUCCUGUUAAUGUUUUAAAAUCACCCACAAGAUCCAAGAAAAGUAAAUCGAAGAACUCUGAAAGCUAUGAGGGAAGUAGACAAGAUUUGCAAGGUAAGAGCUCCUUUGAGUCAAUUCCUUCAUCACUUUCAAAUACUACAUCAGAAAAUAGAGUCCCUGAAAUAGAAGUAAUACCAGACAGUACGGAUGAGUCUGACUCCCCUGCCUUGUCAACUACUGAAUUGACAACAAGGAACUCUAGAUCCAAGCCUGGAAAAACCUGUGAAGGUGCAAAAAGAAUACUAGAAUCAAGCCCUUAUAAUCAGUCAGUGGAAAACCUUUGUAUGAACAAAUGUAAAAGAACUAUACGGACAGUGCAUAAACGAGGCUUAACCCAUCCCCAAACAAGAGCAGAAGAGUGUGAGGGAUGGAAUAAUAGCACUAAGGUAGAUAAUGGACAGGCAACAUCCAGACCUGAGAGACCAGCAAGAACCAGCCAUAGCAGAACAACCUCACAGCCCUCCCAAUAUUGUGGCAAAAUGAAAUAUGAUGAUCCCUUAUUUGAAAAAGUCCGGCAAGCAAAAGAGGUAGCUGAUAUUGCAAUAAAGAACAAGAAAGUCUUCAUCUGUCAUGGGACCUACCCCAUUGUGCGUGCUACCCUGAGGAGGCGUGGCUGGGUCGAAAAGCACUUUAAAGGAAGCUUGAUAUCUAAAAAAGCCAAAAGGAAGCAAACAAAUAAGGACUAUGAUAGCGAUGAUGAUUCUUGUGAUAGUGGUGAUGAUAGUGGUGCAGAUACACCAUCAUCAAAUGUCACCCCUAGGGGCAAGAACAAAGAUGCAAAGAAAAAACUAGCACCAAAAUGUGAAGCUAAAAGGGAUGAUGGCAGCGAUGACAGUGAAAGUGAUGAUGACAAUGAUGAUGACGAUGAGGAUUGGAAUGCAGGGAAAGAGGAUGAUCCAAACUGCGAGUUCAAUCUCAUGUCACGAAUGGUCCGUAAUGCUGUUCCAUCCUUAAUUUGGACUGUCAAGAGGGAUGACGUCGACUUCAAGUUUUUGAGAAAGGAUCAAAUAGUGAAUCAUUACUCCAAGGCGCACUCCUUCACGACUAAGGUUGGUCUAUGUAUGAAUCUUCGUAAUCUUCUCUGGUACGAGAACACCGACGCUAUGAGCUUCUUCCCGAGAUGUCACCGACUUGGCGCAGAGGAAGACAUUCUAGAUUUUGUCGAUGAUUUCCGGCUGACGUCAGCUGUUGCGCUUGUGCGUUGGGUUGUGCAAAGACAUGAGAAUGGACGCUCUUCGCACCAGUCUUCCUCAGAGACGGACACCCAGGGUACCCAUGACAUGGCUGCUCAGAGCGACUCAGACCACAGUCCCAGGAACGUGCUGUCAGUCAGGGCCCUUACGCUUGCACUUGAAGCAUGCCGGGAAUUUCUGCAUUGCAAGGAACAUCUUGAUAUUGAUGACACCACGAGCACGAGUUCCUCCAUCACGGAAGUCAUGUGGGACGAGAUCGUCAACUCAUCAUAUCAGCUCCGGAGUGGCGCAGUGAUCGCUAAUGCCUCUCCUUUUGCGCGAGAAUGCCAAAGUACUCUGAACCAGUUAAGAGAGCAUCUGCCUCAGUUUGACAUCGACGGAGUAAGAAACGUCUGGAUUGUGAAGCCUGGGGCCAAGUCACGAGGUCGAGGUAUCGUGUGCAUGGAUAAACUAGAGGAUAUAAUGAAGCUGACAGGCAACAUUGUUGGUCAAAAGGAAGGAAGAUGGGUGGUACAGAAAUACAUAGAACGCCCCUUGUUGAUCUACGGCGUCAAGUUCGACAUUCGUCAAUGGUUCCUGGUCACUGACUGGAAUCCACUCACUCUCUGGUUUUAUGAGGAUUGCUAUCUACGCUUUUGCAGUCAGAACUUCUCUCUUGAAGACUUCCACGUGAGCAUCCAUCUUGCUAAUAACUCCAUUCAAAAGAACUACGAUAAUAACAGCACUCGCGACAAGAGGCUACCUGAUGAGAACAUGUGGAGCUCAGACGAGUUCAAGGCCUACCUCAAGAAGCGUGACCUCGGGCACAUGUGGGAUUCCGUCAUCUACCCAGGGAUGAAGCAGGGAGUCAUGAAUGUGCUACAGUCGUGCCAAGAAGUAGUGGAGUGCCGCAAGAACUCCUUUGAGCUAUACGGAGCAGACUUUAUCAUUGGAGUCGACUACAAACCUUGGCUGAUUGAGAUAAACUGCAGCCCAACCAUGGGCGCCAGUACAGCGGUCACCCGCAAAUUGUGUGCCCAAGUGUUGGAGGAUACAAUGAAAGUUAUUCUUGAUCGGAAAGAAGACAAGAACUGUGGCACUGGAAGAUUUGAGCUCGCCUAUAAACAGGCUCACGUGAGUGCGCCCCCAUACAUAGGGAUAAACAUGUCCGUGGAAGGGACGGGGAUAUUUCAAAAGACCGCACCCAUCAGGCGCUCAAGCUCAGCAAAACUCACGACCCUUGCGAGGCCGCAAGAGAACAAGAAAGGCUUCCCGUCUCCCCAGCAGCAAGAGUCUACAGACAUGACAUCUAAUAACACCAAAGCAACAAGCAACCGAACAACCUUUGUUAAAAAGUACGAGGGCGCCUGGGCAAUGGGGUGUAUAAGCACCUCUCAAAAGCCCGCCCCAUUACCCAGCCAUACGCCACGGCCAAGAGAGGACGAUAAACCUGCUAGGAAACUGGUCAAGAGUAAAGCAGAGUUUCAGGUCACGAAUGGACAGACUCCGCGUGUGUCACGCACUAUGACGAUACCAAAAGCGGUGUUGCGUUACUCUAGUGAAGCGGGAAUGAAGGAGCGGACCCAGUUGCCCAUAUCUAUUGGUCCAGACUCUCGUGGUAACGCAUUCUGAUCGUCUGGCUUCACGCGUUACGCUACCAGGUCACAUAAUGAAGACGAGAAUCAAGGAUCUCUCCGAGAAAAGAUUGCUUUAGCGUAGUGGUGUUUAGGGAUGUCAUAGGCAGAUGUAUUUAGCUCCACUUAAAUUGGCAAAUGAAGAAGACAGCGAGGGGGAUGGUCAGAUACAGAAAUAUCUAUAUCGGCUAGACUCAGGAAAGGACUCAAGUGUACGCAUAUAGUUAUUUGGCGUCACACCUUACAUAUGGCCUGAUAGCAAACAGCUUGUCUCUAGUUGUGAUUGUGUGCACACUUUCUAUGGUAUAACUUUGUAUUAUACACAUAUUUUAUAAGUUUACGUCUCUCAAAGCACUACCAAAACUGUAUAAGUCCAACUUCGUCAAAUGAAAAUUCUUCAAUUAUAAAAUGACAAAAUAAGCUGUUUUGUGGUCAGUAUUUAAUGGUAUUUUAUAUAUUAUAUGUUAUAGAAUUUUAUUCUAUUUUGUUGCAUGUUAGAGAAUUAUAUUCUAGUUUUAUAGUGUUAUAGUGUAAAUGGUUGUCUAUAUAUUAUAUGUUAUAGAAUUUUAUUCUAUAUUGUUGCGUGUUAUAGAAUUAUAUUCUAGUUUUAUAGUGUUAUUCCAAAAAAGGGAUCUGAAUAUUUAAUGGUAUUUAAGAAUACAUAUAAACAAUAAUACAUAUAGUGUGUGAACCACCAUAGAAAGUACCAUAGAUGUAAAAACGCACGAAUUAAUAUAGUAAAUCCCACCACAAUGUGGUUUAAUAAAAUACAUUUUGUACUUUCCAAGUUUACUGUUCGCAGCGGCUAUAUGCCCGACAGUCGGUAAAGCUCCUCAAUGGACUAAAAUGCCCGACAGUUUUCAAUUUAUUCAAAUAACCCAAUAAAUUGUCGUGAGGACAAAGUAUUCUAUAUUUGUUGAGAAAGGGGCAAGCAAAUUUGAAUUGAGAUUGUCGGUUUCGAAUGUUUUCCUGGGUACCCGAGUAUACGUACAGCGUGAUUUAUGAUUUUUGGACGCUGCUAUAUUUAGGUUUGAUACCCCCACCAAAAAAUAUAUAUAUAUAUGAGCUCUAGAAUCUUAAAUGCUCCUAAGAAAUUCGAUGAGAGGAGCUUACGAGAGGUAUUUUCUAAAACCUAAGAACACACAUCUUCGGAUACCCAGGGGUAUUUCCCUCUAACGUUUCACUCGCGAGAAAAAUAACCCCUUGGGAACAGUAAGGAACAAACUUGGCCAAAAAAUUUAGGCCUAUGGUGAGCUGUGAUUGGUCGACCUCUCGAGGUCGACCAAUCACAGGCGCGCUUCGCCUAACAAUGCACCAAAAAUUUACAUAAUUGCUCUGUGUUGGCUUGAGAUCAAAUAUGGUUUCUGAACAACUUCUUAUAUAUUCAUAGGGCUAAUUCUCGACAUCAUUUCAGCGGUAAAAUACACGUUUAGAGCGUCUUCAUUGAAGCCAGAACAGCUUUUGGUCCUAAAGGGGUUUUACAAUAACAGGAUGUUUUUGCUCAACUACCUACAGGGUUUGGAAAGACAAGAGUUUGAUUUUUCAAGCCAUGCCGGAAAUGUGCGAGGGAACCCGAUAGUUCUUGUAACUUGUCUUCUCCAGUCGAUAAUCCGUGACCAGUUGGCCUAUCUGAACUCAAUCGGGAUACGUACCGCCGAUAUUUCCAACCCAAAGGACACUGACAUUCUAGUCAAGGGAAAAGCGGGGAUCGUGCUCGGUAGUCCCGAUUCAUUCGGCAGUGAAGCGGUGAAUAUAUAUUACUUGGCACCAAAGUUUAAGCUUACAGAGAGGAUGUAGUAGAUCCUUGGCUUGAAAAAUGUGCAAAUAAAGUCCUUAAAGUCAGUAA